CCUCAGAUCGCCCCUCCCUGCAGACGUCAUCCCCCUUCAGCCCGGCGAGUACCCACAAGGUUGCAUGUCCAAUGCAUCAUAGCCUUUGAACCACACGCGUUAGACUCGUAUUGUGCGUGCCAUAGCCUGGCUUGACAGGGCUUCGAAGCAUGGGGGUUGCCUGAGGGCCCAGAGAUCUGGGAAAUCUCGCUGGCCGUAUAAAUGGGGACGGGUACGCGCACCCAUCUUGCUUGCUGCAGUCUCGCACAUCACACAACGCACACCUGUCACCCGCGACGUGCCAUCUCGUCACAUCGUGAACCAACAGACGUCUCCCGAAGGACCUGAGCCCCUGCACCACCUACUCGAGAAGCACCCAUACGCCACGGCCAUCACAUAGACAGAAAGGGAAGACGACAAACCCUACCGGCACAAUGUCCACAGACUCCACACUACCAAACGGCCUCAUCAGCUUCGGCCCCAACGCCAACUGCACACUGGAGCUCUGCCCGCUCGAGGCCAGUCUGCUACGAUACCGACCCAAUGUCCCCUCCACCAUCGUCUUCAUGGCUGUCUUCGGCUUGUCAACGCUCCUCCACACAUGGCAGGGCGUGCGGACGAAGACUUGGGGAUUCAUGUUGAGCAUGAUCAGCGGGUGCCUCUUGGAGAUUAUUGGAUAUGUUGGCCGGAUGAUCAUCUACGACAACCCGUUCGACUUUAAUGGGUUUUUGAUGCAAAUCGUUUGCAUCACCGUCGCCCCAGUCUUCUUCUGCUCCGCCAUCUACGUCCUCCUUGCGCAAGUCAUCAACUUCAUCGACCCCUCAAUCUCCCGGAUCAAGUCCCAAUUCUUCUACUGGGUCUUCAUCCCCGUCGACAUCGUUUCCCUGAUCCUGCAAGCUCUCGGCGGUGCUCUUUCUUGCGUCGGCACAGACCACCAUGCCGUUGAAAUCGGCGAGAAUAUUUCCCUCGCCGGCCUCAUCUUCCAGGUCGUCACGCUCGUUGCCUUUGCCGCCCUGUUCGCAGACUACGUCUUCAGGGCGUCACGCUCGCCGAGCCGCGGUCGUCUCACCAAGGCAGUUAACAUCUUCCUCGGCCUCCUCUUCGCCUCGACCCUCAUUAUCCUUGUUCGAUGCGCGUACCGUAUCGUCGAGCUUGGCCAAGGCUACUUCAGUGCAAUUUUCCGCAACGAGGGCCUGUUCAUUGGUCUUGAGUCAGUGACCAUGUGCAUCGCCGUCCUUCUCUUGAAUGCUGGCCACCCCGGCAAGGUCUUUAGCCGAAAGCAAACCUUGGAAGCCAAGGAUAGCGAGUCUCCGUUUGAGUAUCUCCCCAACGGUACUCACGAGGAUAUUUCAAUGGACAACAUGUCAGAACCUCAGAUUAAGAAAUAGGGUCUCUCUUGUGUUUUUGUUUUGGAAAUCGGGUUCUUACGGGUUCAAGUCGGAUCCUUGGGUGUUGGAAAGGAAAACCAGUCAUAGCAUAUCUGAUUCAGUCAUGAUGGAGGGAUUGUUUAAUGCUUCUCCAUAUGAUCGAAUCGAUGUUUUGCAGCAUCAUUGGAAAUUGGUACGGAGUCAGGGUAAUUAGACUAGGGCUCUAACUCAUGGGCUUAGAAACAGUACAGUACAGCCAAAUAGAUUCCAGUAUUCUUAUUCCAAGGAUACCAUCAUGCCUUUCGUACCAUCAAAUGUUUCCCUUUAGGGUAGGUGCUGAGGAGUGUUGAAGAUAUUGGACCCACCAUCUGAAUUCCUGUCAUCUACUUGCGUCAUCUACUUGCUACGCAGGUCCUUGGUAAAUCUUUGUUACCAUUACGACUUGUUCGGCAAAGCUCAU